ACACAAGCACGCCGCGAACAGGAGAAGCAGAGGUCGCCUUCCGCACACACCAUCUUUUCCUUUUCUGUUGCGCGCAAGCAAACACAGCGCCCACCGAUGCUCCUAAAACCCCAGGCAAUCUGGGCGGCUUCCCUCCCUCUCUUCCUCGGCCGCCGCCUCCUCCCCAAAUCCAGCCCUUCUACUCCUCACUCCGGCCGCCGCCUUCCCCUCCGCCCGAUUUGCAAGCGGCGGAUGAGCGCGCAGGCGGAGCCCAGGUUCGCCCCUCUCCCCACAGCGCAGUCCGAACCUGAUGCCGGGGCAGACGGGUACCAGUUCCGGCUGGUUUCCUACAACAUACUCGCCCAGGUUUAUGUGAAGAGCGCGUUUUUUCCUCAUUCUCCAUCCGCGUCUCUUAAGUGGAAAGCUCGUUCAAAAGCCGUUCUAACAGAACUCAAGAGUUUUAAUGCUGACCUCAUGUGCAUACAGGAGUUGGAUGAAUAUGACACAUUCUAUAGGAAAAACAUGGAAAGUUCUGGAUAUUCAAGUAUUUAUGUCCAGCGAUCUGGGGACAAACGAGAUGGAUGUGGUAUAUUUUAUAAACCAAAAAGUGUGGAACUGUUACAGAAGGAAGUAAUACAUUACAAUGAUUUGGUGGAAACAUGUCAUCUUAAUGAUAAUGUAAUUAGUGCUCCCUCGAAUAAUUCUUCACCAUCAGAAGAAUCUAGUGGAAAGGAAGAUAAUAAGAAACGUGGAGAUCCAAAUGAUCCACGUGUGAGAUUGAAGCGUGACUGUGUUGGUUUACUCGCUGCUUUCAAGCUUGGCGAUCCUUGUGAGCAUAUUCUAAUUGUGGCGAACACACAUAUUUAUUGGGAUCCAGAAUGGAUUGAUGUGAAGUUGGCUCAAGCAAAGUAUCUUCUUUCAAAAGUCUCUGAGUUUGAGAAAAUUAUCGCAAAUAAGUUCACCUGUAAACCUUCUGUGAUCAUUGCUGGUGAUUUUAACUCCACCCCUGGUGAUAAGGUAUACAAUUACCUUUUAUCAGCUAGCGCCGAAUCUACGGACGAAGCCCUGGUCAAAUUGCGCAGCCUGUAUGCUGAGAACGGAGGGGAGCCGGAGUUCACAAAUUGCACUCCAGGUUUUACUGGAACGCUGGACUACAUAUUCUUGUCAGACGGCGGUUCAAUAAAACCUAGUAGCCUACUUCGGAUCCCGCGAGGGGGUUCCCCGGAUGUGGAAGGAGGCCUGCCCAACUUCCACCAUCCUAGUGAUCACUUGCCAAUCGGUGCCGAUUUCCAGGUACUUAGCAGCUAGCUAGCUAGUGCCUAGGGUGGCCGGUUGCAUUUUUCGACUGGCGGCAAAUGGCCCUCGAACUGUUGUCCAUGGUCUGCGUUCAGUCUAGGGUUAAUCAUAAGGCUGUGGUGCAUGCAAUAAAUCUCACAGCCACAUUUUCUCGUCGUUCUUCAGAAGCAAUUUGUCAAUUGAUAACGGUAUACUUUGUUACCUUUUGUGCGUGCGUGAUGGUAUGAAUGUGAAGAAACAUGUGCCUUUUGGUUUUCGGCCAAAGAGGUAUGUGCAUUUAUCAGUGUAUGCAUUUCCCAGAACACUGGACACUUUUUGAUUUUGAGGGAAGGUCUUCAUGGCUAACUUUAUUGA